AUGCUUCACUACCCGAAUCGAGUUCCGAUAAUCAUAUUCGUCGCCUGUAUAACCCAGAUAUUCGGACAACAAUCCAUAGAUACCUUACAGUCGCUUCAAAUACUUUUCAGGCACGGCGAACGAGCACCUACUAAAAUACUCAUUUUUCCAAAUGAAGACCCAAAAAUUUUAGACAAAUUCCCGAUCGAAGCAGGUGAAUUGACCAAUGAUGGAAUCAUGCAAGAGUAUCAGUUGGGGCAAUACAUACGCACAACAUACGAUAAGUUUCUUGGAAAGCGUUAUAUACCAUCUCAGAUUCGAGUGCUAGCCGGCACCGAUAAUCGAACAGUGGUCAGUGCACUCAGUGUACUCGCCUCGCUGUUUCCGCCUGAAGGCGAUCAAGUUUGGAGUCAACUUCUCAAGUGGCAACCUAUCGCCGUUCAUAGUCAACCAAUAUUAGACCAGUUUGCAAUCGGAGCGUUUGAUAGUUGUCCAAACUUAAUGGACACCUACCAGAAUACAGAUGUUUAUAAGAAGAUCGCCGCCGAUGAUACACCAUUCAAGCAGUGGUUAACUCAGAUGACUGGUAUUGAAGUGAAUGAUCCAAUAAUCUAUAAUCAAGUCCUUGAUUGUCUUAUCUCAAGGACAAGUCUCAAGGAUUUACCACCGCCAAUGUGGGCACAAAACGAUACCAUUCUAGGAAUGGUUUCAGAAAAGCAUAUUCGUUUGAACGCCCAAAUUACAGACUUGAUCUUAGCGGAAAGUGGAGGAUGGCUGUACAAUCUAUUCGUUGAAGGAAUUGAAAAUCGCAUAAACAAUCUGACAAAUCAUAAACUUUUAUUGUAUGCAGCGCAUGACGGUAACAUUUUAACAUUUGGAAAAUUCUUCGCAAUCCCACAACUCAGUACAAUGCCACCGUUUGGGUCAGCCAUUGUGUUGGAACAUCAUCUCAGGAAUGGCGAUCAUGUAGUUGAGUUAUGGUUCCACAGUUUCCAAAGUAAUUCAAGGACGCAGAUUGCAAUCCCAGGAUGCGGUGAUCCAUGUUUAUUCAAUGAUUUCAAACGUAUGAAUCGAAGAUUCUCGUCAUCCUCAUGGACGUUUCUAUGCAAAGGCGAUUCAGAGUUAUGUGAAGAUUAUUCGAUCGUUUUGGCGACAAUGGUUGGUCUCACAAUAAUGCUCGGCAUUCUGACGGUGCUACUUGUCUUCGUUUGUUGCGCUUAUCGGAACCGUCUGAACAAGCUGCUUGACCCCGAGCAACAGUCCUUACUCAGAUGAAUACAAAUGACAUGUUUGAAUAACUCAUCAACGAAAGUAAUGAAUUACUGUUUUCUUCGAAUAUACAUAUGGUCUAUUGUUUCAAAAGUAUUGCGUUAAAUGAACUGUCUAAAAAUGAUUCGAUCUUAACGUGAUGAGUGCUUACUGAAUACUUACUGUAUCAUCGAUAUCGCCUUUUCAUCCGACGAUAUAAAUGAAUUUUGAU